GUGGCCAGUAGAGGUCACUGUCAACGCUGGGGGGGAUAUUUAGCAAAAGGGUAAUUAUUUUAAAAAAGGAUGUUAAAACUAGUAUUUGGAGUCAGGUCCCAGUCCAAAAAUCAGGAUUUCUACAACUUGGGGCACUAUAAGCCUACAGGUUAGGCUAAAUGUAGACAUGCGGAGGUACUGGUUGCCAGAUUAUGAGAGAAAGAUUAUUGGAGAGCUGCAAAGACAACAAAACAGUGCUCAGUUCUGCGAUACUUUACUGCAAACAGAAGGUAUUUCUAUCCCCACCCACAGCAGUGUCCUGGCCGCCCUAAGCCAGCACCUGUCCCAAAGACUGUCUGCCUCUCCAUCAUACCCUGCUGGUACGUGCAAGCUGCAGCUUCACGCUCUGAAACCACAGAUUUUGAUAAAACUGAUUGGUUUGUUGUACUCUGGAGAGCUUGAGGUUAGUGGUGCCAUGGAGCAGAGGGAUGUACUAGCAGCUGCUCAUUUGUUUGGACUCCCAGAUUUAGUAGAGGGAGAAAAAGUUGAAGUUAGAAAUCAUCAUAAUGGUUGCAAAGACUGUAAGAGGAUUGAAUUUGAGAAAAGAGAUGCACAAAUUCAAGCUACCCCCAGAAGCUUUUGUGUAUCCAUUGGCACACAGACAAUUACAGAAGACCCUAAUCAGACAAUGGAAAAUUUUGAGCAUCAAGAGACAACCCCCUUAUCCACUGUUCCUCAAAGUUGUAGCAGUGUUGAAACAACUUGCUCAGUAAAUUCAAAGACAUACAGUGAAGAAGAGUUCAUUUUAGAACAGUCGACAAGUGCAACAGUCAGUUUGUCAUGUCCAAAUGAAACUAUGUCGUUGCACCUUUCACCAAGCGAGGAGUCGAUUUGUUCAAGGCUUCAAGAAGGAGCGGCCCAGCCAACACAACCUGAGACCAGUGUGGAGUGCAUCAUUGGCAGUCCAGUAGUGGUGGAGGAGGAAGAGAAGGAGGACAGGCAAAGAAAAGUGCCAAAAGAUAAAGAGAAGACUAAUCAGGAAGCUGGGAAUGAGGGGGCUUCUGUAGUUGAAAAAAGGCAAGUUCAUAAAAAAGUGGCGACUAAAAGCCUGGAGAAGAUGCAGGAGAUGAUGGAGACUACACAGAUUUCGAUCAAGGUUAAGUUGAGGAGGAGGGGGACCAAGGAGGAGAUAUGGGAGGUGGUGAACCUGCAAGACCCUGGUGCUCUUUCAGGCGCUACCUCUCUGAAAACGGAUAGUUGUAAAAUGUCACAGGGAGACCUUACAGCUGCCCAACCCUCUCCAUCCACUGAUCAAGCCCCUGAAUCCGUCACCAGCUCUCCUAAACCAGGACCUCACACCAGCAAUAUCAGUGAGUCUGUGAGUGCCCCAAAUGGUGACCCUGUGCCACUGCAGCUAUCUCAUCCUGUAGAGGAGACGGAUGAGCAGAUGGAGAAGCUGCUGGAGGACAUUAUGAUUGGGCUGAACAUACUGCCGAAUAUUGACAAGAGAAAUGACAAGUCCAGGGAUCUAGAUCAGAGCCCCGAAGGCUUCGGGGAUCAGAAUGGCAACUGCUCAACAGAAACGGAUGAGUCUGGUUGCACUGUCCGCCCACCUUCAAAACCAUGUGGCACCAAGAGUGACUUGAGUUUGAAUAAUCCCUGCACCUCUGAUGGAAGAAGAGACAGCCCCCAAAACUCACCAUGUCCAACAACGUCUCCCUGCCUCCUCAAAGCUAACCCAGGAUUAAAUCCCCCAGAAGACCCGAACGUACCGGAAUUACUACCUCUUUCCACUGAAAAUGAGGACAAUUUGUUUUCUAUAGCUGAUCUGCAGUUUCUCCCAUGUCUGUCUCCUUUAGAUUCUAAUAAUAAUUCAAGUGAUGGCAAUAAAACCCCAGCUCACUUCUCUCUGCCUGGACGAACCUGGCUUAUGGACAAGCCUAGAUCAUUACAGUUUCCAUUGACAGCUGUUGUUGCUAGCACUAGUAGUGGCUGUAAGGAAGCAGGAAGCAAUGAUAAGCCAGUUGGACAACUUGGUGAGAAACAAAAAGUGUCAGUUUGUACAAAAUUGGAUAACGAUGGAACAUCUCGCAGUGCAAAAAGUAGGUGCCCAAAUCUUGGACUAAAUAAGAUAUGCAAGCAGUUAAAAGUGAAGACAGAUGCAAAUAUUAACUUCAGUCACUGUUUGGUGAGUUUGUCAAGCAAUAAUGUGCUAGCAAAGGAGAGAAAGAGUCCCACCUCUCCACUACCAAGCAAUUUAAACGAACUACAGACACAGAUAACAAGACGUUUAAGACCCAAGACCAAAAUGACUGGAGAUACUUUGAGAAAAACACCAAUCAGGACGAGAAGGAAAUCGCAGAAUAGUCAUAGCACUCCUGAAAAGUCUUACCCCAAUCCCGAAAUGAGUAAAAAUGACAGAAAACGUGAAAGGCCAAGAAAAAGAGCUGCAAAUAGGGAUAAAAGUGAGCAAAAAAUUAAAAAUACAAGUUUGAAAAACUCAGAUGAAGUACCAAACCAAGCAAAAAGGCUUAGACUGGAAGAAGACAUCGAUGAUGAGCCCUCAAAACAGGUUAUGCCCAUAGAUAGUUCAUUUGAUGCCAAAACAGAUGACAAUAGCAUAGUUACAGCAGAGAAGAGACCUCGUAUGGUGAGUCUGAAGGACCUUCAAGAACUUAUAAAAUGCAAGCACUUGAAAACACAAGGCACAAAAGGCAAAAGUGAGAAAGAACAGAGUGAAAAGGCAGAAAAUUCUGAAAGGGGGAAUGCAGUUAUGGUUGAUUCAGUUUGGGAAACGGGUAUUACUAAGGUCCGUUCAGACGAGAUUGACGUGAUAGAAGACGGUGACGAACAGCCCCUAAGCAGUCUACUUUCAAACCAAUUGUCAAAUGCUCCAAAGACUCCACCUCCAGUAGACAACAGCACAAGCUCCAUCAGUGACUUUAAUAAUUUAUCUGAAAACAGUGAUGAGUCUGAGAUCUGCGUCAGUGUGAUCCCUGAAAAGGUGACCAAGGUCUCAGAAGAAAUGGAAGAGGCAACGCCAAAGCUGAUUGAUGAUGGUGUCACAGACAGUGCAAGUGAAAAUGAACUCACCAUUGAUGAUUCGUUUCAACACAUCAACAGCUCAAACUUAUGUGAAUCCAAAAACGGUGAUUCUGAGAACUCAAAAGAAACAGAUCCGAGUACCAGGGGAUCGGGCUGUCUCCAGGAUGAUGAGGAGGACAUGGACGUGGAUGUUCUGUUUCAUUCUCCAGACCGAACGUUCGUAACAACAGAGGGUCAAAAAUCUGUGAAAAUCUCUCAUGAUGAAGAGAAGGAAGAGGAUAGUAUUGAUGUUGAUGUGACUGGAAGUGAGACAGAUUAAUAAAGACUUGUAUCUACUAUGUGUGAUAGUUUUAAUGUUCACAACGCUGUUUUGUUCCUAGUAAAACACCCAUUAAAGUGUCAACAAUCAAUCGGACUUGCCAUGCUGCUAAGUUUAGCCAUGUUUAUGUUCUAGAAAUAUAUUAUUUUUCUAUUUUGUUUUCAAGUUGGCCUUAGUGUCUCCUUUUUAUACUUAAAAUGAUAUGCAAAUAGUUAUUAUUUUUGCCGUUUGAACAUUGUAUUUGCCUGUUUUAUUUAACUGUACGUUUAUUACACUUAUUACAACUUAAUUAACAAAGACAUUUUCUGCACCUGUAUCUAAAGAAAUAUGUUAAAUACAAAAUAUUUGUAUACAGAUUAAUUAAAGGGUUUUGUUGAAGGUU